GGAUGAGGGUGCGGCGCAGCAGGCGGCCGCGCUGGUCCACGCCGUGCACGCUGGCCGAGAUGACGCACAUCAACUGGUCUGGCAGCGGGAUGCUUGUGUACUGGGACCACCAGCGGUUCACCACCAGAGUCACAUAGAAACCUGGGCUGGGCUGGCUUUUGAGUGGCAAAACUGCCAUCCAUGCUGACCCCACAGCUCGUGCAGGCGACGCCAUGUCCUUCGAACCAGGAUGAUGGAUGGCCAUCCUGUGCUCCAGUACCAGGGAUUCAACUCAGGACCUUACGCUUGUGAGGUGGGCACAGUGGCACUGAGCUAAAUCCCCGGCUGCCAUGUCAUCCUUGCACAGAAUCCUCACUACAUGUGGGCGUAAUCAUGGCUGCCGCAAAAAUCAGGCUCCAGAAGCGUAUGCCCCGAAGACUGGAGAAUGAAAGGAUCCCGGUUAGCACGACACGCAGUCACAAGGGCGGAGAAGGUAGAGAACGGAGAUCGCUUGGCUUCCCCGGCUAGGUUGCACCUACGUGAUGACUAGUACUAUGGUGGUGCCUUUAAAACGCGAGCAGGAGGCGGGGCCUCAGAGUGCGUCAGGUCGGAGGAGGUGCUUCUGGGUGACGUCAGGGCCUCCAAGGGGCGUUGCUUCGCUCUGACUCGUCUCCAGGGAGGGGGCGGUGCUCUCGGUGAGGAGACGCGGCUAGGGGGAGGCGUUCAUUGAUAAAAACGCCGGGCUCCCUCGGGCUCCAGCGCAGCGUAGCAAAACCAGGCAGCGCCACGCGCGGCCAGGGCCGGGCGGAACCAAGGAGCCGCCGGGCCAGCGCUGCGACGCGCCGCCUGCAUGGAGCCCGCUGCGGGCUUCCUGUCUCCGCGUGCCUUCCCGCGUGCGGCCGUCCCGCCUGCGCCCCCGGCUGGCCCCGGGCCGCCUCCGAGUGCCCUGCCCAGACCUGAGGUGGAGACGCUGGCUGGACCACCGGCGCGAAAUCCCGGGCGCCUCAUCACUGACCCGCUCAGCGGUCGCACCUACUUCAAAGGCCGCUUGUUGGGCAAGGGAGGGUUUGCCCGCUGCUACGAGGCUACUGACACCGAGACUGGCAGCGCCUACGCGGUCAAAGUCAUCCCGCAGAGCCGCGUCUCCAAGCCGCAUCAACGCGAGAAGAUCCUCAACGAGAUUGAGCUGCACCGAGACCUACAGCAUCGCCAUAUCGUUCGUUUUUCACACCACUUUGAGGAUGCUGACAACAUAUACAUUUUCCUGGAGCUCUGCAGCCGAAAGUCCCUGGCCCACAUCUGGAAGGCCCGGCAUACUCUGUUGGAACCAGAGGUUCGUUACUACCUGCGGCAGAUCCUUUCUGGCCUCAAGUACUUGCACCAGCGGGGCAUCUUGCACCGGGACCUUAAGCUGGGAAAUUUUUUCAUCACCGAGAACAUGGAACUGAAGGUGGGGGAUUUUGGGCUCGCAGCUCGGUUAGAGCCCCUGGAGCAGAGGAAGAAGACCAUCUGUGGCACCCCCAACUAUGUGGCUCCAGAAGUGCUGCUGAGACAGGGCCAUGGCCCCGAGGCAGAUGUGUGGUCACUGGGCUGUGUCAUGUACACUCUGCUCUGUGGGAGCCCCCCCUUUGAGACAGCAGACCUGAAGGAAACCUACCGCUGCAUCAAGCAGGUCCAUUACACGCUGCCUGCCAGCCUCUCACUGCCAGCCCGGCAGCUCCUGGCUGCCAUCCUCCGAGCCUUGCCCCGAGACCGCCCCUCUAUUGACCAGAUCCUGCGCCAUGACUUCUUUGCUAAGGGCUACACCCCGGACCGGCUCCCUGUCAGCAGCUGUGUGACAGUCCCCGACCUGACACCCCCUAAUCCAGCAAGGAGUCUGUUUGCCAAAGUUACUAAGAGCCUUUUUGGCAGGAAGAAGAAGAAUAAGAACCAUCCUGAGGAGAAGGAGGAGGUGUCCUGCUUGGUGAAUGGGCUCAUGCGCACAUCCCUUGGCCAUCAGGACACCAGGCCGGAGGUACCAGCAGCUUCUGGUCCAACCCCUGUGAGCCUGGUAGAGACAGCAGCUGAAGAUAGCUCACCCCGUGGGACGCUGGCGAGCAGUGGAGAUGGUUUUGAAGAAGGCCUGACUGUGGCCACAGUGGUAGAGUCAGCCCUCUGUGCUCUGAGAAACUGUGUGGCCUUCAUGCCCCCAGCGGAACAGAACCCUGCCCCACUGGCACAGCCAGAGCCUCUGGUGUGGGUCAGCAAAUGGGUUGACUACUCUAACAAAUUUGGCUUCGGGUAUCAACUGUCCAGCCGCCGCGUAGCCGUGCUCUUCAAUGAUGGCACACACAUGGCCUUGUCAGCCAACAGAAAGACGGUGCACUACAACCCCACCAGCACAAAACACUUCUCCUUCUCCGUGGGUGCUGUGCCCCGGGCUCUGCAGCCUCAGCUGGGCAUCCUGCGGUAUUUUGUCUCUUACAUGGAGCAGCACCUCAUGAAGGGUGGAGAUCUGCCCAGUGUAGAAGAAGUAGAGGUGCCUGUCCCACCUUUGCUGCUGCAGUGGGUCAAGACCGAUCAGGCACUGCUGAUGAUGUUCAGUGAUGGCACUGUCCAGGUGAACUUCUAUGAGGACCACACCAAGCUGAUCCUCAGUGGCUGGGAGCCCCUCCUUGUGACUUUUGUGGCCCGAAAUCGCAGUGCUUGUACUUACCUCGCUUCCCAUCUCCGGCAGCUGGGCUGCUCCCCAGACCUGCGACAGCGACUCCGCUAUGCUCUGCGCCUGCUCCGGGACCGAAGUCCAGCCUAGGCCCCACCCUAUAGUGUGGCUGUAUCCCGAGCCCUGAGGCCUGUGCCUAUUAAGGUUCUACUCCUUGCCUUUGUGGCCCUCCCUUUCCUUUUGGUGCCUCACUGGGGGGCUCUGGGCUGAAUCCCCCAGGGAAUCAGGGACCAGCUUUACUAGAGUUGGGGUUGGCCUAUCCUUGCUGUUUCUUACCCCCUCUCCGAGAUAAGCCUGAGCCUUAGUCCCCAGCUAGGGGGCAUUAUUUAUGGACCACUUUUAUUUAUCGACAGACAUUUAUUUAUUGGGAUGUGAGCCCCAGGGGGGAUCUCCUGGAAUAAUAAAUCAUUUUGCAGAA